UCUGCUUGAAGCAGUGCAUGCCGGGGGAUAUUUAGUCUUUGGCCGUAUGGAGCCGGCUCUUUGACAUGAGUACUGAGAGAAUGGGUGGGGGGGGGUGGGUGUGCGCAUUCAGGUUUGCUGUGGAUUGUGUAGUUGAUUCUGUGUGAUGUAUUGUGCAUUGAAAGCGUCUUCCCUAAGAAUAAAAUACGUCAUCGUGUUUGGUAGCUUGUUCUUUGGAAAUAUAUCUGGACGUUGGUCUUCUGCCUUCUGGUCAGUGGGCCAUGUCCUUGCAGUCUGUAAAAUUAUGCGAUUGCACAUGAACCAAUGUUUAAAAACAGCCUUGGAGAAAGAAGAAUGUGAGCCGGCUGGAACUAUGGACCUGGGAAACACAUGAUCCUGCUCAAUCAUAUAAAUGCCUUCAGGGAGGCUCGAUUCCUCUCAGUGCAAAGAAAAAGACAGCGUACUACCAGAAACCUUCCGCAAUCCUUUUAUUUAAACAAAACAGACAACUGCAGCAUGAACAAAGGUUGUGGCCUUUGCUGGCGUUCACCCAAUCAGAUCACUGCAAAGCGGCCUUCCGAUCUCCGCACAGGUUCAGAUAAGCACACUCUUUAAACCUUAGCGGCUCUAAGGAGCAAAGUGGGGGGCUGAAGUCCGACGGAGAUGAGGAGCCGGGUGUGAACGACGACGCGUCCGUUUGGACUCUGAGUCUCCGGCUGCCAGCUUGCAUGGCUUGUGUUUGUUCUGUCCCUCAAGGUGCAGUCAAAGUACAGCGUGAGUAAGAGUGUUGCCACAGCUGUCAUCAGAGAGAAACUGUUACUGUGUCGGUCCAGCAGUCUCAGUACUGGGGAAUCAGGUUUCAAGCCUCAGCGUUGACUUGCAGGGAAAUGUGGGGGAAGCUGAUGGUUACUGGGGGUUGGCUGAGAGCUCUCCUGCUCCCUGCACUGUGCUUGAUGGGGGCUCACUGUGAGUUUCCCCCAGCCAAGAACAUCCACCUGCUCUACCAAGAAGAGCUCAAACUGGUCCUCAACCCAGGUCUCCAAGAGUUCCCAGGGGACUGCUAUGAGAUCUGGCGUGAUUCUGGGGGCCAGGCGCAGGAUGGGGUGUAUCUCAUCCAGCCAGCAGACUCCCUCAUCGUGGCACACUGCGCCAUGCAGGACGGGGGCUGGACUGUAGUGCAGCAUAUCACUGUCAAUAGCACCGUUGACUUUGACCGCACCUGGGAUGAGUACAAGAUGGGCUUCGGGGUUCUCACUGGAGAUCAUUGGCUGGGCAAUGAAUAUCUGCACCAGCUCACCCGUCGGCCUGGCCGCUUCAAGUUGGGAGUGAAGCUGGUGGACAAAGAUGCAGUCACCAAGACGGGUGAGUACGACCCGGUGCUGGUGGAAGGUGAGGACACCCAAUACAGGAUACGCUUGGGGCUGUUUCAGGGCACUGCCGUGGACGCCCUCACUCAGGACACCGAGAACUAUCUGCACGACAACCAGAGGUUUACCACCAAGGACCGCGACAACGACAAUUAUUUCCAGAACUGUGCCAAGCUGGAAUUCCAAGGAGUGCCCGGAGGUGGCUGGUGGUACGAUGCCUGUGCCGGUGCCAAUCUCAACCGGCGGAAUGUCAUCUACUGGCAGAAGGACUGCAAUAAGGAGCAUCUCUGCAAGUAUGCCUGGAUGAUGGUGAAGCCUUCGGCUGUCGGCAAAGGCAUCAAAGCUGGCAGCUGUCAGAAGGAUGAGCUGUGAUGAAAUCCGGCGUGAUGAAAAUCUGGGAAAAGUCUGCUGUAGGGAGCAUGAACUGAAAUUAGGAGAGAGGGGAUAGGGACAGCGCAUGGACUCAAUCAAUAUUAUCGCUUAAUCCUUCCUGUCAUCAAGCCCAGGGUUUUAAACGAAUUACUCCAGUUCUUGCAAAUUCACAUUUUAUGUACAUGUAUAUUCCUUAUACACAUGCAUCCUUAAGAAAUAACCAACAUUAGAAAUCAUUUAUUUCUUUUAUGUGGGGGGGGGGGCGUCAGAUUAUGUAAAGGCAAAUGUUAAUUCCUGAGGCGCCCUAAAGGUGAGACACAAGGCAACAUUUUGGGCAAUGUUGCCAGGCAACUGCCAACCAGGUGAGAGAGAGCAACUCACCUGCAUCUGUAUAAUCUACCUUUUCAGGUAGAAAAAUAUUGCCCAGUAUCAAUGGGAAAGUGUCCAAGCAACUUUGCUGAAAAGGUUUCCCUGUGUAUCAUUACCCCAACACUGUGAUUACAUUAUUUUCUGAUAUGUACAAUUGAAGGGGGCUGACAUAUAUCUUGGCUUUUGAAUGUUUUAGCAUGACAACAAAGUAGCCAUUUUAUGUCAGUCACUGUCUGAAUGUUUCUGAGUAGGAAUAUUUAGAGUCACGUUCCUGUUUCACAUCAUAUUUUGUACAGUCCAAAGUCGGCAUGUAUAUAAAAUCAAGUUUGUUAUUAAAAGUAAUUAUAAUAUGUGAAA